GGGAGAAUUCUCGAAUGCUUCUCUCUCGUUUGGAAUUCCACUCCUAUCUCCUAGCAUGUGGCAUAACGUUGAGGACUCAGUUGUAUUUGUUUCAGUUGGUUUCCGUCAGUUCUAGUGACUAGAACCAAGAACAGUCUUCUGUUCCAUUCCAUUUUGUUGUGGUCCAUUCAUUCAAUUCUCCAAUUUUUUAGAAAUAAAUCCCCUCAUCCAAUUGCCAAAUCUAAUUAAUCCCAGUGCAUACGAUGGCAUCACGAGUGGUCGAUUAUUAUCGCGGGAAAUGCAUUUUUAUCACCGGGGGCACCGGCUUCCUCGGCAGUUGCCUGAUCGAGAAACUCCUCAGGUGUUGUCCGGAUGUCAAGAAUAUUUAUUUACUCAUCAGACCGAAGAAGGGGAAGGAAAUCACCGAGCGUCUCGAGGAACUCACCAAAAACUCGGUGUUUGAUCGCCUGAGGGAAGAAGGGAAGACAGAUUUAUUCUCGAAAUUAAUAGGAGUGAGUGGUGAUGUCGGUGAUGAGAACUUGGGACUGUCCUCCGAGGAGAGAUUGACAAUUGUCGAACAUGUCGAAGUCAUAUUCCAUUCGGCAGCAACACUGGACUUUGAAGCGGGUUUGAAGUCCGCUGUUGAUAUUAAUCUCCUUGGUACACGAAGAGUCGUUCAGCUUGCUCAAGAAAUUAGAAAUCUCAAGGCACUUGUGCACGUUUCGAGUGCCUACGUGAAUUCCUUCCUUCUGGAGACUAAAGAGCAGAUUUAUCCACCACCAGCUGAUGUCGAUGAAGUCCUUGCACUUGUUGGGGAAAAGGAUGAGAAAAUUAUUGACAGAGAGACUCCCAAGCUAUUGAAAAAUCAUCCAAAUGCUUACACUUUCUCUAAACAUCUCGCUGAACACGAGGUCGUCAAUGGGUCCAUCCCUGCGGCCAUCGUCAGGCCCUCUAUGAUUACUGGAGCCUGGCAGGAGCCCAUCCCCGGAUGGACGACUUCCAAAAACGGUCCCCAGGGUUUUCUAAUGGGUGCCAGCAAGGGAGUAGUUCGCAGACUACCUGUUGCAAGUGAACUUAUCUACGAUUACAUCCCAGUGGAUACCGUCGUCAAUGCCCUGAUCGUUGCUGCCUACGUCAUUGGACGUGACAAGAACACUGGAAUAAAGGUCUACCACUGCACCUCGAGUACGUGCAAUCCAUUCCAGUGGGUGAAGGUUGAGUCGAAAAUAAAUGGAUAUCUCCACAAGUAUCCGUUGGCUAGUGCUGUCUGGUAUCCCCAUCUGAAACUGGUGCCCUCGUUGUGGCUCUAUCGAAUCUCCUCCAUUUUUGUUCACAUGAUUCCAGCUUAUGUACUUGAUACUGUCACGAAAAUCGCUGGAGGACGACCCAUACUGGUCCGACUGCACACAAAUGUCAACAACUCGUUGGGUCGUCUCGAGAGAUUUAUUUUCACCGAGUGGAAAUUUCAAAACCCAAGAAUGAUGGAGUUGCACGAGUCGUUAUCCAGUGAAGAGAAGAAGCUGUUCAAUCUCGACGUGAGAUCGCUAUCGUGGGAGGACUACUUCGUGAACCUGACGAAAGGUGUCAGGGUGUACCUGAGUAAGGAGCCCCUGAAGACCCUGGGAAGAGCCCGUUCAAAGGACAACGUACUACUGGUGGCUCAUCUGGGACUUCAGGCAGCUCUUCUGGGUCUCGUCUGGUGGAUUUUCAAGUCCAUCCUGGGAGCUACCUGGACAUCAACUGGCAUGAUCGUCCCCAUAGUCUAUCUUCUCUUCAGUCAACUCUAAAUCUCAUUCUCAAUUCAAAUAUUUAAUAUAUUGUCAUCGAGGCAUCGCCAUUUACAAAAUAUUCAAUUAGCCAAGUGAUGAAGUGAUAUAAUUUAACUCUUUUAUUUAUCCACUCAUCCAGACAACUAUCGAUCUACAGUGAAAAUGUUCAAAUAUCUUUAGUAGUUCCGUGAAUUUAUUAUUCUGUUCUGGGGAUUCCAAAGUAAAACGAAUAAAAAAUUGGAAUUAUAAAACUUUA